AUGGUUGCUGGACGCAACGAGCCAGGUACCGAACUCUAUCAACUUCAUGGUCCUCAUGGUCUCUAUAUAACUGAUGAUGAAACUAUCCUUAUUGCUGACAGAUGGAAUCAUCGUAUUGUGGAAUGGAAGAUGAAUGCAAAGAAGGGUCAAGUAGUCGCUGGUGGAGCAGUAUUUGGAAAUCGAAAUGAUCAGUUGAAUGGUCCAACAGAUGUGAUUGUCGACAAACUGACAAAUGCUCUCAUCAUUUGUGAUUCGUGUAAUCGUCGAGUGAUGCGAUGGUCUCGCCGAAGUGGUACUAACAGUGGAGAAACGCUUAUCGAUAAUAUUGAUUGUUGGGGACUAGCCAUCGACUAUGAGAGAUAUCUCUACGUUUCCGACUGGAAAAAUAAUCAAGUGAUACGUAUACGCAUGGGAACAAAUAAACGAACAGUGGUAGCGGGUGGAAAUGGAACAGGUGAUAAUUUUAAUCAACUCUGCCAUCCUGGAUACAUUUUUGUCGAUCAGGAUCAUUCUGUUUACGUGUCGGAUAAGGAGAAUCAUCGUGUGAUGAAGUGGAUGAAGGAUGCGAAACAGGGAAUUGUUGUGGCUGGUGGGCUAGGACAAGGACAUACUCUGUCUCAACUACACUAUCCGAAUGGAGUGUGUGUUGAUGCUUCGGGCACAGUCUAUGUGGCAGACUAUGGGAACCAUCGAAUAAUGAGAUGGUACAAUGGAGAAAUAAAAGGAAAUACAAUUGUUGGCGGACGUGGACCGGGAGAGAGACUAGAUCAAUUGAAAUGUCCCGUUGGUUUGUCAUUUGAUAAACGAGGUAAUCUCUAUGUUGUUGACUAUUUGAAUAAUCGAGUUCAACAGUGCUCAUUUGAAACGAGUUGAUGGUAUUUGUUUGUUAUAUUUUUCUGUGAAAAUGAAUAAAUUUGAUUCCUCUCGUCACUGAUACGACUACAAUUUGUUCUCAGUACUCUCUCGUCCUUGAAAACAACAUCCAUGUGUGCUCGAUUUGAGAGCAGUUCUCUGUAAUUCCCUCGACUGAAGGGAGGGUCAUACGAAAAAAACUUAAAAGCGUUUGUGGGGGUGUUUGUGUCGGGUCAAAAGAACACAAAGGUCAAAAAAACACUAGAUCACGAAAUCGGACUUUCACCGUGAGAAAUCACCCAAUCCGAGGUAUUCGGACUCGCUCUUUCGACCAAUCACAUUCUUUAGAGCUAAAAAACCGGCCAAUCAGGAACUUUCGACCAAUCGGAUUCCUCCAAGCUAAAAAAGCAGCCAAUCAGGGGUUUUCGACCUCGGGCUUUCUACCAAUCAGAUUCUGCCAAGCUAAAAAACCGGCCAACUAGGGGUUUUCAGCAUUGGGCAUUCAGCCAAUAGGAUUUUUUCAUCUUGAAGUUCCAGCCAAUCAGGGGUUUUUCCGUAUUGGGCAUUCAGCCAAUCAGUUUUUUUCAUAUUGAAAUACCAGCCAAUCAGAGGUUUUCAAUAUUGGGCUUUCUACCAAUCAGAUUCUGCCAAGCUAAAAAACCGGCCAAUUAGGGGUUUUCGGUAUUGGGCAUUUAGCCAAUAGGAUUUUUUCAUAUUGAAAUUCCAGUCAAUCAGGGGUUUGCGAUAUCGGGUAGUCAGCCAAUCAGAUUUUUUCACAUUGAAAUUCCAUCCAAUCAAGGGUUUUCGAUAUUGUGCAUUCAGCCAAUCAGAUUUUUUCAUAUUGAAAUUCCAUCCAAUCAGGGGUUUUCGGUAUUGGGCAUUCAGCCAAUAGGAUUUUUUCAUAUUGUAAUUCGAGCCAAUCAGUGGUUUUAACUUGAAGAAGCCAAUGUAAAACGGUAUUUGUAAAUGAGGUCACAACUUUAACGGUACAUGGAGAAUAACGAACUGUUGUUUUAAUGUAUUCAAAUAGUGGAGCGAUUAGCCAUGAGUGGCGCCCUGUAGGAGCGCGGAUGAACGACUAAUCGCUGAUAUUGCAAGCGCAUUCCUCAUACGCUCCGGAAAAGAUCUAUAUGAAAGCUAGGUCCAUUAAGAAUACUGUACUAAGAUUCGCUUCAUUAGGAAUUCUAAUAAAUUGUGACUUUUCAGUUAGACAAUUAGGUUGAAGAAAUAAGGAAUAGUUCAUAACAACGUGUCGAUUCCGGCCUGCCCAUCGAGAAUUUUCAUGUUGUAAAUGUA